AUGGCAAAGACUUCAUCGAAGAAGCAGGGGAAGAAAGAGCAAGUAGUUGAGAAGAAACCGCGGGCGGAAGAAAAGAAGGAAAAAAAGCAUCGGCGAAGUCAUCGGAAGGAGUCUUACUCGGUAUACAUCUAUCGUGUCCUCAAGCAAGUUCAUCCCGACACCGGAAUUUCUUCGAAAUCCAUGUCGAUUAUGAAUUCUUUCGUUAACGAUGUCUUCGAGCGAGUUGCAACUGAAGCAAGUCGUCUGGCACAUUACAGCAAACGAUCAACGAUAUCAGCGCGAGAGAUCCAGACAGCUGUUCGUUUGAUUCUUCCAGGAGAGUUGGCGAAGCAUGCUGUGUCCGAGGGCACGAAAGCUGUCACCAAGUACAUGAGUUCGUCGUAGAGCGGUCUCACGCUUUCCGCUCCAUUCCUCAAAACCAACCCAACGGCCCUCUUUAGGGCCACAAAUCUAUGAAUUGUGCUUGGACCA